AUGGAUAGGCUUUUCAAGCAAUUUUUCCAUAUUAGUACAUUCAUUUUCUGUGUAUUCUCCAUGCAUUUUCCGCAUAAACUUUUCAUAGUAAUGGUAAUAGGGGUUACCGCCAAUUCCAGCUCACACUUCAUAGACGUUAACAUCCUUGGAACAGAUCAUCUAAAAGCCAACAAUACCAAACUAUUUGUAAAUUCUGAAAACGAUCAUAUUUAUACAUCUUUUGGCACGGUAACUAAUAAUGGAAAUUCUCAACCAGGACUUGGUAGAUUAGCUGGAAUAGUUGCUGGAAUAGUUGGAUAUUGUAUGCUCGAUAUAGUUUUAUUUUAG